UGACUAAGCAGCCCCGAGCAGCUGUCUCAAAGGUCCAUUCUUCUCUGAGAGAUUUACUGCGGCAAGCAGAGGCGCUGAGAUGUGAUAAUUGCCUUCAUUCCCGGACGAAGACCCUGAAGAACAAAAGCCAGUUGCCCGUGAAUCCAUGGUGUGAUUCAAGCAUUCACAGAGAGGGAGGAGUGGGAACUGCGCGCCUGUUGCUGUAGCAAAAGUGAAUGGGCAUUAAUCAUAAGGGCAGCUCGGCCCUGCGAGGCGGCUGCAGCGCUGCCCAUGGCGCUGCCCGUGGCCCUGCAGCCCUCGCCUGCUCCGCGCUGGCCUGAUCCGGCCCUGGGGCUGCUGCGGGGACCCCGGCGCUGAGGGGAUGCCACGACGUGAAGCUGGAGGACGUCACUCCAGGGUUACGCCGACGGUGCCGCCGGGGCUCCUGUCUCUCGUGAGCCUGUCUCACUCCGCGCCGCGGUCAUCCCUUUAGGGCCGAUCUUCUUCACGCGGAUCUCCUGAGCACGCUCCUGCUCGACGCUCACUGCUAGAAGGAUCCCCGACUUUCUGAGAAUAACAGCCCUGCUCCACGGAUUGUCUUUCUGUGGAAUGCUCCUGCCUCUGCAGUGCACCUCCAGUAAUAUCUUGUUUGUUCUAGCAAGGGCUGAAAGCUUGCCAGUUGGUCAGCAUGAGAGACUUGAGACCUGAUUCUUGGUUCUUCAGCUUUCUGGUUGGCAGUCUAUCCAGGAGCCUCUUUGCCUCUGCAGCUCUUGCUGAGAAUCAGACUUCUAAAGAUUUUGCUCCUGUUAUGAUAGAGACCUUGAGACACAUGUAUGAAUACGUGCCCACUGCUUUGGACUGGUGGCAUGCAGAGAGGUUCUGUGACCAGCGCUUUGCUCAGCUGCUUUUUGAGCCCCCAGACAGCGAGCAAUCAUCCUUCAGCAAACUGCUGCAGUCCCACCACAUCAGAGGUUCUGUCUGGCUGAACGAAAGGGACGGGGUCCUGCACAAACCAAAAUGGAGACGAAACCAUAUUGUGCCAGUCCUGGUGUUUGGAGUCAAAACAGACACAAAAUAUGUGAAGGUGCUCUCUGACUUCCCAGUGCUGCCUGCUGUCACAGCCUGUGCCCAUCUCCAGUGGGACACCAGGACUCAGGAGAUUGCUACUGUCUUUUCCUAUGCUGUGCCAGCUUUUAUUAACGAAUUCCAGCUCCGUGGCUUUGUUGAUGAGGAAGGCUUUGUUAGAUUUGCUCUCAUUGUCCAUGGGCACCAUUCCCCAUACCUGCCUGUGUUCCGUGCGGAUGGACAGUGGCAUCACUUCUGUGUGACGUGGCAGCAGGAAAAUGGGACCUGGGCCAUCUAUGCUGAUGGUAAAAGGAGGGCAUCUGCCAGCGGCCUGUGUACUGCAGGGUUGGCUGCCCCUCAGGCCAUCUACGGCCAGGGCACUUUCAUAAUUGGGCAGGAUCAAGAUUCCCUCGGGGGCACCUUCAAGGCAAAAGAGUCCUUCAGUGGGAACAUCACAGACUUGCAUAUCUGGCAGAAAGUCCUGAGCACGGAGCAGAUUGAGAAUGUUCGGUCGUGCUGGAUGGUAGAACAAGAGCUUGUGUUUGGGUGGAGCUUGAAUGCUCUGGAGAUUGAAAGCACUGUUGAGGAAGUGACUGCACAGUUUCUUUGCCCAGGGCCUGUUGAAGAAUGUCGAGUUUUUGAAGUUGGCAGCAGCGCAUUCCGUCACACGUCUUGUUUGCAAUCUUUGCCUUUUAUCUGUCGCUACAGAAAGGAUGCAUAUUGGCAAUUGAAAAAAGCUCAGCUGGAAUCCAGCCAUUUGCUUGUCAGCCAUGUGAACACACUUGCAAAGAGGAUGGUGCAGAUUCCUGAGAACAUCUUUACAAGUAACGUCCGAGACAUGAACCUCUCUGUCGCUCUCGGUACUCUUGAUGUCCUGGCAACUGUUCUGAGGAAAGAAAAGACACCUGUGGCAUCCUCUGACCUCCUCAUGGUGCUUCAGUUACUAAAGGAAGUUGCUGACGUGGAAGUCCAGGAGAGAGAGGAGCUGGAGAUGCUGGAGCAGUUGGGCCAAUAUUACAUGGAAGUGACUGAGUUAAUCCUGGAAGAGCAGAAUAUUGAAACGUGGUCAUCCAUCAGCCAGGCUGUCGGAGGGCCUAUGGCUGUUGUUGAGCUCUGUGACAGAGUGGUGUCACUUCUGGCCCCACUGCUGACUUCAGGGAGGACAAAGAUCAGAAUCCAGCAUCAAAAUAUUGGGAUAGAGGUCAGGAAGCUGGAGCUGAGCAGUCAGCAGCUGAGCAGUGAGACAUACCUGAUCCAGAGCCCUGAGGAGGACAGGCCUGACUUCAUUGAAAUCCCUGUUGAAGAGAUUCAAAGACUGAAAGCCAAAGGUCUCCGCAGGGUCACAGUGAAGAACAUGUGGUUUGGCUACAGCUCCCUGCAGCACUGCCUGCCCGGCCCAGGCAGCAGGGCUGCCUUUCAAGACGUGGCCGCCUCCGAUGGAGGACAGAAGUACCUGAGCACUGCGGUGGGCACUGCUGUCAUUUCAUCCACCGUGCUCAGCGAUUACCAGGAGAUAAGCACUUCUGUGCGCUACCAUCUGCAGCACCGCACCCAGGACCUGCCUGAUAAGCUGGUGGGGCCCAUCUGUGCCUUCUGGAACUUCAGCCUCAGCCCAGAUGCUGCUGGGAUGUGGUCAACAGCUGGCUGCUCUGUGGUGACAUCUCUCCCAGAUUCCACUGUCUGUUUCUGCAACCACACCACAAACUUUGCUGUGCUGCUGCAAGUGUAUGAGAUAAAGAGGACCACCAAGGAGGAGCUCACACUACAAACCUUGACUUUUAUCGGAUGUGGAGUUUCCUUUUGUGCCCUGCUUGUUACCUUCAUUUUAUUCUUGGUGGUUGGUGUCCCCAAGAAUGAACGAACAACUGUACACAAGAACCUGAUCUUUGCAUUAGCUGCAGCAGAAGCUCUGCUCAUGUUCAGUGAAUUGGCCAAGACCAACCAGGUGCUGUGUUUUCUGGUCACUGCCUUCCUUCAUCUCUCAUUCAUGGCAGCCUUCUCGUGGAUGCUGGUUGAGGGGCUUCUCCUGUGGAGUAAGGUGGUAGCAGUCAACAUGAGUGAAGACAGGAGAAUGAAGUUCUACUACGCGACAGGCUGGGGCCUUCCAGCCAUUAUCGUGGGUGUGACCCUUGCAACUUCCUUCAAUAACUAUGUGGCAGACAACCACUGCUGGCUGAAUGUUCAGACCAAUAUCAUCUGGGCCUUUGUUGGGCCUGUUCUCUUCAUCCUGGCAGUGAACACCUUUGUGCUUUUCCGGGUGGUGGUGGUGACUGUGUCCAGUGCUCGCAGGAGGGCAAAGAUGCUGACACCCAACAGCAGCCUGGAGAACCAGAUUGGAAUACAAAUAUGGGCCACAGCCAAACCCAUCUUGGUGCUGCUGCCUGUGCUGGGACUGACAUGGGUGUGUGGGAUCCUUGUCCACCUCAGCAUCAUUUGGGCCUACGUCUUCAUCGUGCUUAACUCCCUCCAGGGCCUUUAUAUAUUCCUGGUCUAUGCAAUCUAUAACAGUGAGGUGCGGAAUGCCAUCCAGAGGAUGAAGGACAAGAAAAAAGCACUCUCAUUCACAAACUGCUCUCAUCCCAUCAACUACUUAUCAAGUCCAAGAAACACCACCUCCUGGGAGACCGGGAAACCGAGUCCUGCAGCAGCGAGUGCCUCUUCAAACCCUGUGCAGAAAGAUCCUCCAGUGAAGAACAUCACCAACAGAGGCAACUUUGGAGGCAAAAUUCCCAUGGGGAUUUCAUCAAUCAUGGCACCAGAGAGACCGGCUGUAGAGCUGACAGCAUUCAAAUCCUCAGGUUUCUGAGAGGAGGUUUCUGAGUGCCAUGAAACUGGUGGUUCUUCAAACAGCCAGGAGGAUGGUGGGCAGAGGAGCUGCUUCCCAUGGAGGGCUGCUAACUGUGCUUCUUCUGAGCAUCAUGAAAGCCACGGCAGGACAGGGGCUGCAGGGGGUUCUCACAGGGCCAUUGGGCUCCGUGUGCUGCUGAAGGCACUCCACACAUCCCCAGCACCACAUUGCUGCCAGCGCUGGUUGUGCCACUACCAGAGCUGGUUUCACUUGGAGGAUGUGGUGUGGGACACACUGUGCCCAGGGCUGUGCCCACACAGGGGGAGAGCAUCGCUCUGCAGGGCAGGAUUGGUGCUGGGCUGCAUGGGAAGCAUAGGCAUCAGGGAAGACGGCGGCUCGCUUCAAUUCUUUUCUAAACCAGCUGACUUUAAUAACUUCUUUGGCUGUGUUUUGGACAAAAAAAUCUCCCUUCUCCUCCUGGUUUCCCAUCUGGCUGGUUGCUCCCCCCUCCAGCUGGCGUUAUGUACUCCCUCCAUUCUGUGCCUUGGACUGCUUCUCCUGUUACUUUAUAGUGUGUAGAGCGCAUGAAACGUGGUUUUUUUUGCUGGUUAUGAUGACAGUAAAUGCUGAUUUUUAAAGGCAGCCUUCUCUCCCUGUAAUUUGUCCCUGGGAACAGUUCCGUGGGCACGUGCGAUAGCUUCACAGGUUGGAAGUGGUGCAGGGCUGCAAUGCGAGGGAUCGGGGCUCUGUGAUCCCAUGGGCUGGCUGUCCCAUCACGCCGUGUUCCUUCCUUGGUCUCAGCACAGCUUGUGCCGGAUGGCAUUUAUUUAUUGAUGGAAACCGCAACCCUCAAAACAUCUCUGUACUGGCCAAAAACCACAAUCUGGGUGCAGAAACACCACUUCUGGUGUCAGCAUUUCCAGCUGUCGGGGGCAGGGGAGUCCCUGCUCAGGGCUCUGCCAGUGGCACUGCCUUCACAGCCAUUGCUUGAUGCUCUGCUGAGGUUUUGCUCCCUCCCUCAGCACAUGGCAUUGCCCAUUGCCUCCUAAAUGCUAUAAUUCUCAAGCUUAUUUGCAAAACAUACUCAGAGUUGCUAUGGCAAUUACAGCAGCACUUGGAAUCAGGUCCUGAGUCACUGAUGCCCUCCUAUUGAGCCACAGCAGUGGUCCCCUCCUGCUGGGGUCCCAUGGGAU